CUUUUUAUUAAAAAUAAAAAUAGUAAUAUAUUAUUUAUCUGCAUGCUUUUUGUCGUGUUAAGUUUCAACUGUGACCACGGUGCAUGCGUCGUUUUGAAUAGACCAAUAGGAGAGUACGGCGCGAACGCAUCAGCCAAUAGGAACGACGGAUAGUAAAUAAGCAGUUACGCGGCGCACGGUCGGGACGCCGAGUGGCGCGCUGCUCGCAGUACCGCGACAACCCUCGAGCUAAAAGCAUCGUAUUGAUGCUGUCGGUGACCCGUGCGUGAAUCGUGUCGUGAAACGUGAGAACCUCCUUCCCCUUUUCGUUCUCGUGAUCCGACCAAAUUCGUACGCAGUGCUGUGGCAGUGCGUCGCUCCUUUUUAUCUUUCACUGUCUCUCUCCACCUUUCGUUGUCGCACAUCGAAAACUUGCGUGAAAUUGCGGUAGACGCUCGCGCCAUUACGUGUCCCUCCGUACCUUGUUCGUUCUUCGACGAAAAUAAUUGUAUUUACGGGUAUUCUUUACGAAUUUUGAGCACGAGUUUUUCUCGCGAUGUCUGUGAGUGAUAUGUGAGUUGUGUUCUCGUCGUUCUUCUUCCCGACUGACAUUGUUCAUCCUUCUCGGAGGAAGGGAAGGAGUGACAAGCCGAAAAAUCAAGCAUCGCGAAUAAGAUGCUUCACGGGACGUGGUUGCAGUGGUCGACGCUGCUGUUGUUGUUGCUGGGUACGCGGCUACUCUUGGUGGUCGCUCAAUGUGGAUCGUUCACUCAGGAUAGACAGGAGAAAGAGGACAAACAGGAUAAGCUGGCGCUAUACAAAGUCACUUUAAGGACUUACUGGUCGAGGGCGCGAUUUCCACGACAUUAUCCGGAAUGGAAGCCACCGGCCCAGUUCGGCAAGCUGAUCGGUCGAACGCACGACUCCGCCUACACUUUGUACAGACUGGGGGAGAGAUUGUCGAGCGGUGUGAGGUUGUACGUGGAGACCGGAAGGACAGACGGGAUGGACGCGGACGGUGACUCGCCGAGCACCCUCCACUCGUUCACGGGCCCCCCCGUGCCCCAAGGGGAGGGGACGAGCGUGGCGCGGGCCUUCCUCGACGGCAAUCACACCCUGAUAAGCAUCAUGGCCCGCAUCAACCCCAGCCCAGAUUGGUUCGUCGGCCUCGAUUCCUUCCAACUGUGCGUGGAGGGUAACUGGGUCGAUACCGUGACCGUCGAGCUGGAUCCGCUGGACGGUGGAACCGAUAACGGGUUCACAUUCACCGCUGCCAACUGGCCGACCCAACCCCAAGGAAUCGCCUACAGGAUCACGUCGCGGUAUCCGGCGCAUCCCGCGGGAAGCUUUUAUUAUCCGAAUCUACCUCGCCUCCCGCCCAUAGCCACCCUCACCUUCACCAAGCUACGCGAGUACACGUUGACGGAAACGUAUCACGAGGACGACGUCGAGGUGGAAUUCGUCAGCAACGACAAUCUGCUUGCCAGCAAUCCGACUCCUAGAGGGAUCGAUCCGAACAGGGACCUGAACGAGGCCAUCGCCGAGGAACGGAAGGAAAUGGACACUCAGAGAUACAGGUACUGGACGACGACGGGGAACGGUCAAAUGGUGACCGAGGUUCCACGAGACAACAAGGCAGCGAUCAUGGACAGCAUCGCCUCGUCGUACGCGUUGCAGAGGCCGAGAUUCGCGGCGACAACCCCUCCGAAGGUGGCGAAAUUCGAGGGUAAAAGCGGUGGGUGGCCUUAUUACCAGAAGUACAAGCAGGCGGAGGCGCAAAAGGCGCAAAUCUUCGAGGACAUCCAAAGGAAAAUGGCGAACGCGACGAGCGGGAACAGCAUAGGCGUCCAUUCGUGGAAUUCGACCGACAUCGCGGCCCAACGCCAGCACAGGCUCAGGAUGAAACAUCAUCGGCUGACGUCCAAGGGGAAGCGGUUGAGGACGCGUCCGCCGAGGGACUGCAAGGUGGGAGAAUGGGGCCCGUGGAGCGCGUGCAGUCGUAGCUGCGGGGUAGGUGAGACGCAGAGGACGCGGAAGAUCACGAUAAAACCGCGGCGUGGCGGAUCGUCGUGUCCACCCCUGAAAGAGACCAAGUGGUGCGGCAGCGCGAGCCCCUGCACCGACGGCAAAUCCAUCCUGGACAGCUAUCAAUGGUAGUCGUGGUGAAACGAUCCCGCCAACGACGUACACGUCGACUCGAGAUGAUUUGAUACCCCGAACGAUCUGGAAGAAGUGGAGGAGGAUUGAGAGGGGAGGGAGGGCCCCAGCCUGGGUCUCGGCCUGGGGGAUACCUAGGCGAACACGGGCGGAUCGUUACCAGUGGCCCGCUGGAUUGCGUCAAUAAAACGUCUAUCGUAGUCGUAGCGCCAAAGAUUUCGCGGGGGUGGAGACGCGUCGAUAUCACCGAAUUGUCCGUCGAUCGAGAAUUGGAUUAUUCGUUACCCGUCGUGUUUAACAGUUUUUCGUUCGUUAUACUCGUUUCGUGAAAUUGAUUGUUCCUCCUUAAGGCUGGAAAUAAUUUUUGCGCGAUGAAUUGCGAUCGUUUUUUUUUUUCUUUUUUCUUUUAAAUAAGCUGAGAAGCUGGAUUUUUCAAGGAAGAAAUAUUGCGCUGAAGAUUGGCCUACGAGUCGAGUAGUUCUGUACGACCUCGUUCGUGAUUGUUGAGAUCGAAUUGAGAGCGAUUUAGGAAAAUACUUGAACAUUUUAUUUUUUUUUAAAGGAAAAUCGGAGAACUCCUUACAAUACUUAAUGGUUAGAUUGCGAAUUUUUACGCAAAUAUAUAUUUUUCACUUUAAAAUUUUUACACGAUUAUAACAAAAUUACCGACGUUCUGCAAAAUACUACAUAUUUCGCCCAUUAGUUGAAUAUUCUGAACUGCACAAAAAUCCGCAGUCUACUACCAAUGAUAUAUCUAAAAAAUUCCCUAUAAAUUGAUAACACUCCAUUGCAUCACUAGAAAACUUUUCCUCUAACGAUCGUUCAAACGCUUUCCCUAAUCACUGUACAUAUUUUCCGCGUGAAACGUUCUCUCGGCGAGAAGAAAGCAGGAGUCGAGUGUGCAAAACAGGACGACAGCGUACGCGAACGAGGGAUCGUUAGGGGAUCGUAGAAUGCCGCUUUUCAACGGUCCUCGAUCGAUCGACAUUCGCGAUUCUCCUUGCGCGAUAUUUCUUAUAUACCGACCGAGCAAACUCUCGGGGAAAACUGGUCCGCCGAUCGAGCUUCCACCCCUCCCUUCCACCUCGAGUUAGCGCUUUACGGACAGGUCCGCAGGUGUUGUAUUGGCGCGCCAUCCUCUCCCCUCGCGCAACUUGGACACCAACGUGGAGAAGAGGGGACGAAGAGGAGGAACGAAGGUUUUCCUCCCUGUUUAUUAAUCGUGCUCGGCUCGAACGAUCGGAAACGAGAGAUACUUCGUCGCGGAGAAUACGAGAAUUCGAGCCGGGGUUCAUCCACGGAUUAUCCAGCUAGGAGUAAAGAGAAUUUCCGAACGAAGAGGGAUCGAGCGUCCCAGUUCUCGCAGGGAGAAAAAAAGGGAAGGAAAAAGGAAGGGAAAAUUAAGGAGGAAGGAAGUGGAAGAGAGUUUUGCCGAAGGUUCGAAAAAUUGCCGACAAUUCCCCGGAGCCGAGGCGUUGAACGCAAUUAGCCGGCGACCGGUCGGUUGCGCGAGGGAAACACCUCGUCUCGACGAGCGUGUGUGCGUGCGUGCGUGUGUGUGUAUGCGUGGACGAGUUUACAUGUGUGUAUACGUGUGACGAAUGAAGAAGGGAGAGCGGAUGAGAAAGUUUGGUCCGUGGAAAAUCCAACGGGUGGUUCGCGUGUCGAUCGACGGUCUUAAGGAGGCUUAAGUCCCCGUUUCCCUGGAUAUCCUUUCAUCCGAAACUAGCUUUGCAUUUCUUCGUAACUCGUGUCCCGCGGGGCACGUGUGUUUUCGAGCCGAGAAAGUUUAUUGAUUCUUACGCCGAGUGUACUGUAAGUUCGAGGAAUUGGAGAAUUAUGCGUUUCUUUCUUUUUUUUUUUUUUUUUUUUUUUUUUGAAUGAAAAAGAGAGAGGAGGAGGAGGAGGAGUUUUGCAAAAAAAACGUGAACGAUUGAAAUCGAUGGUUAGAAUCGCUGAAUUUAUAGACACGGGUGUACGCUGCUUCUACGGUUCUAUUAACCUUUUAACCGAGUGCACUCCUAGUUCGAGUGGUGUUCGUUCGUUUUUUAUUCGAAGAAUUUAUCGAUCCGGCGGCCUCCUUUCCCACGUUUCCACGUGGAUAGAAAUUCCGUGAAAAUUUGAGGAUAACUCUGAAGAAUUGUUAGUUGAGAGUUAUUUUUCGCCGGUGGACACUGCGUUGAGAAUGAGAGUUACUCCGAAAGAAAUAUCAUCAUUUGCGAAAAAUUAUCCCUCGAGAACGAUUCUUGAGAAUUUUAUUCUCGAAUAAUAUAUAUAUAUAUAUAUAUAUAUAUAUAUAUUCGUAUUUCGUUAUUAAUUUAACUCGAUUGUUCAUAGUUGUUAUAUGUAAAAUAGUUUACGCGGUUAAAGGGUUAAAAAAGUGUUCCCCCUAAGAAAUCAAUAUCGACGCAGGAAAGAGAUGCCCGUCCCACCCCUGUCGAAUCCACGCGAGAUUCACACAAAGAGGAAGAACAAAGAAAAAGCGAUUUCGAGAAAAAGAAGAUUUCGAUUUUCCCGCGUCAAGUGCUAACCCAUUCUCGUAUGGCGUAAAUAAGAGGAAUUUUUACAAAGGCUAAGAGAGAGAGAGAGAGAGAGAGAGAAACAAAUAAAAAGAAAAGAAAAAGAUAUCAUCAGGUACGUCUUAGUGUAUUAUAUCUUUAGGCGUAAAUUUAACGAUAAUAAUUAACAACUAACGUUUAAUCGUAAUUCGUUAAUUAAUAGGCUCUUGGUUAUUAAUGGCGCCCGUGAAGGGGUGUGCGCAACGGCUUGUCCUCCUCGCGUAUAUUGUAAUGUAAUGUUUAAUGUAACGAGCAACGCUGCAAUUAAGCGGCGCACUGUCCGUCGAGGGACGUGCUCGUCGUGCGUGGUCAAGUAUCGUUUCGAAUAAUUAAGAACGAUCAAAGGGGAGUGGGGGGAAAAAAGGGUUCGUUUCGGCUCGAGGGGGUGCGCUCGUUCGUAAU